AUGACUUGUAAAGUUUUAAGAAGUUCUAAAACAUUUUUGCCUACAAUAGCUCGAUUAUGUUUAAUAUCAACAUUUGUAGAAGAUGGAUUGAGGAUGUGGUUUCAAUGGACUGAACAAAAAGAUUAUAUGAACAUGAUAUGGGGUUGUGGAGCUUUCUUAGCAACAUUAUUUGUUAUAAUUAAUUUAACAGGUCAACUCGGUGGUUGUAUUAUGGUUCUAGCUAGAUUUAAAGUUUCUGUAGCAUGUGGAAUAUUAUUUUUCAUUGUAGUACUUCAGACCAUUGCCUAUAAUAUAUUAUGGGAUGUACAAUUUUUGUUCAGAAAUCUUGCACUCAUAGGAGCAUUAUUACUUGUUUUGGCAGAAAGCAGGGUAGAGGGAAGAAGUUUAUUCGCUGGAGUUCCUACAUUGGGAGAUAAUAAACCAAAAAAUUAUUUACAAUUAACAGGAAGAAUUUUAUUAGCUUUCAUGUUUAUCACAUUAAUUAGAUUUGAACUUUCAUUUUUACAGGUAGUCCAAGAUAUUUUAGGAUCAAUUUUAAUGGUUUUGGUCACCAUUGGAUAUAAAACAAAACUCAGUGCAUUGUUGUUAGUUUGUAUUCUCACAAUUCUCAAUUUAUAUCAUAAUGCUUGGUGGAACAUUCCUUCGUAUAAACCUCUGAGAGAUUUUCUUAAAUAUGACUUUUUCCAGACUUUGUCUGUUGUCGGAGGUCUUUUAAUGAUUGUUCAAUUAGGUCCUGGUGGAGUUUCCAUGGAUGAACAUAAGAAGGAAUGGUGA